AUGUCCCGAGCUCAUCAACAUUACCCCCAUUAUCCAGUAGCAUCCACAUCUUAUCACCAACCACCCGCCGCCAACGGCCUGCAUCGCAUUCGCACCUCUGCUGAUCGUCGACAAGCUGCUGCUGCUUCAGCCCACCCAGACCUUUCUCACGACAUCUACAUACCCGAGUCGCAGGAAGAGCUCAACAGAAUCAGCAUCGAAUCCCGUCUUCUUCGACCCAGCGGUCCCUCUCACGUCACCAACAUGCGCAACGCGGACCUCACCUCUGCGUCGUCGACCUUCGACACGUAUGACCGUAUCGGACGAGACGACGACGUGCCAUCCACUGGGCCCGCCGUCGGCAGGCCGUCUCGAGUGUCGAACGUGCCUGCCGCAUCGGAUCGUUUACAUCAGCUCGAUGCAGACGAGAGCUUGAUCCCAGGUGUCGGCCGUGGCGUACGCAGCACGAUGCCUUCGCAAACGUCGUAUCAGGAGCGCAUGCGUUCUCUCAACCAACACGCUGCUCACAACCGCUACGAGUCUUCUCCAGCAAGAAGUCCCUAUCGUCCUGGAAAGUAUUCCAGCGUCGGCACACAGGCCAGACAGCCCGUCGCAGCAGCUUCUACAGCAAGGCCUCCGAUGCACCACACUCGAGCCGGCGCGAACACAAUCCCUCGCCAAGCGCAGGUGGAAAGCGAGAGCGAGUCAGAGGGCGAUUCAGCAAGCGACUCUGGCGAUUCAGACGCCAUCAACGUCCGCACAGCUACCUUCAACAGCACUGGCAACCAUCGCAACUUUGCUGCCACACCUGCUGGCCACACUGCCACCAUGACCGCCAACCUUCGCCAGCGUCCGACGCUCGGCCAAGACACACUCGACCGAAUUGAAUUCGACAUCUACACCGACACGGAUGGAGAGCAUCGUCCUCGCAAAGAUCUCAAGCAACAAUCCAGGCCACGCCCCGAUCCCGCCGGCCCCUUCGCUUCACCCCGUGCCGCCAACACUUUUGGAAUGAACGCGGCCGACUAUCAGCAGCACCUGGCAUCUCGGACCCUCACCUCUCCUGCACUGCGCACGCUCAUUGGCGAUCGUUCCAAAAGCCCAGAUAGCCCAACACCAGCGCCGUCCAUCGAUGGCAUCCUUCACGCUGGCCGCAACAACGCUCGAGAGACUCGACGCCAGAAUAAGCACGAGCAGCCUCGAGCUGCGCGCCAAUCCAACGUCUCUGCCAUCAGCGCGUUCGAAGACCUGGCGCGUCGAUUGCAGAAAGAUGUCGAGUCCACUCGCAGAAAUGCAGACGGCAACGGCGAGGAUGUUGACGACGGCAGUGCCUCCAACUCUGGCGGCAGCGGCUUUGGCCCGGGAAGCCAAGCAUCAAGCGCUCGCACUCGUGUUGAACCCGAAGCUGCCUCGAACGCAGCAAAGACUUUCAAUGCGGCACAGUUCAACUCGUACGGCUAUCCCGCUCACCAAAAGACUGCCACCGGCAACGAUGCCACUGCGGCAUGGGGUGUGCGCUUGCCUGACGUGACCGGUCUCACAUCAGCUCUAGGCUCGCCUGUCAAGGCUCGCGAUACAGUCAAGCACAGACCCUUCGACAGCGCUGUUGGCAAUCAGGAAGCGCGUCUCGAGGAGCUGGUCAAUCUUCGCUGCUUUGUCGAUGGCAUUCAGGUCGAACUCGAUCGAGCAGGCGAGCGAAUCUUGAAUCUGGAGCAAGCGCAAGAGCAGCAGAGUCAAGAUUUCCAAGGAUUGCGGUCCGAGAUGCAGACUGCACUCAAGGACGUGCGUGCUCAACAGCCAGCUUCGGACGAGCAGCUCAUGCACUUGAUCUUGCAAAAGCUGCAGGUGUCUGACAAGCAACAGCAGUCUCAGCAGAAGCAGCAAACGCAGAAUGCUUUCGGUGCUGCUUCCGAUGCAAAUAUGCAGGCUCAGAUGGAGCCCCGUGUCAGAGUCGCGGAAAAGCCGGCGAGAGAGACUCGCAAUGCUCAGCAGCAAGAGAGUCGCAGUCAAGUCGAAGUAGUCAACCGACUCUACGCCGAACUCGACCAGUUGCGAACGGCAAUGGAGGAGCAGUACCGCAGCGCAGCAGACAUCGGAACUGCCGAGGCGGAAGUUCGGAGACAAGCUGAUUCGAGACCUCGUCGAGCAGCGUACAGGCAUCAGGACAAUUACCCUUCGGGGCGCGACCCGUGGGAAGCGAUCGAAGCAUUGCGUCUGCAAGUGCUCAGCCUCGCGGACGAGGUCGAAGGUCUCAAUGGCCUCGUGCUCGAACAUCUUGUCGAGCCUGCGCCCACCCAUCGAAAGCGAAAUGCGCGCUCGAGCGCAGCCCGUCAACACCGCUUCGAACACGACCAGGAUGCGCAUGCUGCCUCCGACCCCAUCUACACUCGAGGCGCAACUUCCGCUCGUACGAUUGCCUCCGGUAUCCAUCGCGGUGAUCGAGUCGAGAUCCGCACCGAUCCCAUCGAUCAAGACACGGACGAUCACUACCACCGCCGUCAUCGCCAGCGAUCCAGCCCCGCACGUCAUUCGGACGAAGAGUACGAUCAGACGAUCGACGCUAUCGCCGAGAACCUCCGUCUGUCACGUUCACGUCAGCAGCGUCGUCACACCCCACCAGCAGCGGUUGAGCCGAUCGACGAGCUGUCCGACAACGAGAUCUCGCAGCUCGCGGAGGCACGUGCCUCGCACGCAUCCGCACGACUCUCCACUCGACAGACGCACGAUCCGCACCACUGCACCGUGUGUUCUUCCACGGCCAGAUCGGAAAAGCGAAAGGCAUCUCGACGGGCUAAACUCUUGCAAGCGGAACGACGUCGCGAUGCGGUCGAGUUGGAGGAAUCCAUCCUGCUCGAAACGCUGGAUCCACCCUCUGGACAACGAAGCAGCAUCAAUGCUGAACAAUCGGCGACGCUCAAGCUGAUCCUUCAGGAGCACUGGGAUGAGUUCCUGCAUCAUAGGAUGCUCUACUCGGAACUGGCGGACGAGCUCAAGACGUUAAGUCCGAGCAUGAGUCAGACAAAGAGGAGGAUCUUGGCACAGCACGUGCUGGAAGCGGUCGAGUUGUUGGAGGUCAAAGCGGAUAGGAUCGAGAGGUUGGAGAACGUGUUGAAGGGAUGUAACGUGGUUGUGGGGGGAGGGGAAGGGGUGAAUGACGAGGCGAGGAAGCAUGCUGGUCCUCGACAGGGCGGGAAUAGGUUGAAGCAGGCGAUGGAGUCGUUUGAGAGGAGUACGGGUAGGAGUGCGUCGAGACAGGUGAGCGGGAUGGGUGGUAGGAAUAGCCCGCCGACGACGAUCCAGCUGUAA